GGCCCUGGAAAACGAAGAAAUGGAGCAGCCCCUGCAGAAUGGACAGGAAGACCGCCCUUUGGGAGGAGGUGACGGCCGCCAGCCUGCUGCCAACAACCUCAACCGAAGAGGACAGGCUCGCCGACUUGCCCCUAACUUUCGAUGGGCUAUACCCAAUAGGCAGAUUAAUGAUGGGUUGGGUGGAGAUGGAGAUGAUUUGGAAAUGUUCAUGGAGGAGAUGAGAGAAAUCAGGAGAAAACUUAGGGAGCUACAGCUGAGAAAUUGUCUGCGUAUUCUGAUGGGGGAGCUCUCGAAUCACCAUGAUCAUCAUGAUGAAUUCUGCCUUAUGCCUUGACUUCGGCCCUUUUCUGUGAGAUCAUACUGUGAUUCCUAAUGGAUUCCUUUUCCUUGCAUUCUCCUGACAUGCCUUUACUGAUCUGUUUGUGGUGAGCCUUGUACUAUUUCUGUGUACCAGGUGGUCUUGUGCUGCCAGCCUCUAACUGGAGAUUGCCUUCCCACUCAGUGUAAGUUUCUGUCAACAGUACAGUGUUGCCCAUUUGCAUGGAAAAAAAUGUAAAGUAAA